CCGGUUGUGUUUAUGUUGCCUUCGUGCUAAGGACCUGGACGUGACAAAACGAGUAGGCAGGAGAGAAUUUCCGCCCUGACAGCUCCUAAAAGUUUUCUUCGUUCUCUGUUCGUUUGGGGGAAUUUUUUUUUUCUCUGCAGAAUUGGACCCUCGCCACGCUUCGGGCUCGGUGUCUCGCUCCGUUUGCCACACUUUUCUAUUCCAAAUAGAUUGUGACAUGGACCCAGGGGGUUAUGGGAAAGGUCCUCUGCACGGAGAGAAACUAGACGCUACCACACCGGUAGCCACUAACACCCGGCACACUGGUCCCAGCACAGCACGCACGAGGACGGGAGCAUCUCCCAGCGCGGUCCCAGGUAACCAGCUGCCCUCAUAUACUAGCACAAUGAAUAUCCAAUUUCUCCUGCUGCUUCCCUUGCUGGGGCUUAACUUGGCAGUGCCGAUAGAACGGGGUACUCCAAACAAAGAAGAACCAGUGAAACAAGAGGAACCUGCAGACACUGGACUGUACUAUGAACGGUACCUGCGGGAGGUCAUUGAUGUUCUGGAGACAGAUGGGCAUUUCCGGGAGAAGCUUCAGGCUGCUGAUGCAGAAGACAUCAAGAGCGGAAAGCUCAGCAAGGAGCUGGACUUUGUGAGCCACCACGUGAGGACCAAGCUGGAUGAGCUGAAGCGGCAAGAGGUGUCCAGGCUUCGGAUGCUAAUCAAGGCAAAGUUGGAUGCAACCAUGGAAGAGUAUGGACAGGUUGACCAUGCCGCGUUGCUGAAACAGUUUGAGCACUUGGACCCUCAGAACCAGCAUACGUUUGAGGCCCGGGAUCUGGAGCUGCUCAUUCAGACUGCCACCAAAGAUCUUGAGAACUAUGAUGCCACUCGCCAUGAAGAGUUCAAACGCUAUGAGAUGAUGAAAGAGCACGAGAGGCGAGAAUAUCUCAAAUCCCUGGAUGAGGACAAGCGGAAAAUGGAGGAAGCCCAUUACGAAGAGCUGAAGAAAAAGCACAAGGAGCACCCUAAAGUUAAUGUUCCGGGAAGCAAAGACCAACUGAAGGAAGUCUGGGAGGAGACUGAUGGCCUGGAUCCUAAUGACUUCAAUGCUAAAACAUUCUUUAACUUACACGACACCAACGGAGACGGCAUCCUGGAUGAGCAGGAGCUGGAGGCUCUCUUUACAAAGGAGCUGGAGAAAGUCUACGACCCAAAGAAUGAAGAGGACGACAUGGUGGAGAUGGAAGAGGAGAGGCUUCGUAUGCGCGAACACGUCAUGAAAAACGUGGACACAAAUCACGAUCGCUUGGUGACGCUGGAAGAGUUCCUGAAAUCCACGGAAAGGAAGGAGUAUAAUGAGGCUGGCGGCUGGGAGACAGUGGACGAAGCCCAGAUUUACACAGAAGAGGAGCUGCGUCGCUUUGAGCAGGAGCUGACUGCCCAGGAAGUGGCCUUAAACCAGCGGGCAGAGGCGCUGCGUAAGGAGCACGAAGAUCUCCAGCAGAGACAGAUAGAACUGGAUGCACAGAAGAAGGAGUACCAGCAAGCUGUUAUUCAAAUGGAACAGAAGAAGUCUCAGCAGGCUGGGGUUCCACCUGCCGGCCCCAAUGGGGAGCUGAAGUUUCAGGCUGAAGUACCCCAAGUAAACUCUGAAAAAGCAGCUAAACCAGAAGAGCCCCAUCCGGGUUCAGAGGUUCACCCAGGACCGCCAGCAGCCGCUCAAGAAACAAUCCAGGACCACGAGCCACUCCAGGAACAGCAUGUUCAAGAACCCCAUCAAUAACAAAUUACAGGGAGGCAAAUGCAGCAGGACAGGGUGUAUUGGUUACCCCAGCGUGGGCUUUUGCACUCUGAUACACAUGUUCCCCCGAAUCGUCAAAGUCAAGGGAUUUGCAAUCCCGUGUAAAUGUCUCAUAUUGGGAAUCUUUAUUUUAAAAAAAUAAAUAAACUCGAAAAUGAAUUCAAAUUGAUGUAUGGAAAACUCUGGGAAAUUAGGCGGCUGUUAACCCAGAAAAGCACCUUUUUAGUCGUUCCGCUAUUUAUUUAGCGCCCCAUGUGCUGUUAUAUAUAUUAGAUUGGUUGUGUCUCUGCAAGUCAGAUUUGUAAAAUGUAUGUCACGUCUUGAUAGAAUUGAUGUAUAUCGGCUCACGCUGAUACAGCUCUUAAUUUACUGUGUUGCAUUGAGCCACCUUUGCAGGCUCUAUUAACAGAACCAUUAUACUGUAGAUUAUACACACGGACCCUAUCCCAGUGCAUGAAAUGCUUUGUUCCGUCCUUGGAGCACCAUGCAUUCAGAGAAGGGUCUGUGUACCGACAUAGUGAAUCGUGCUCACCACCCAGAGCAAUGGAGGGUACUCCCAAAGCUAAACACCGCUGUGUUCCUAACCCGUAAGGAGUCAGGGGAGAGGUAUGGCCCCUGAGAUUAACUACAAAUUAGGCGACAGCACUAAAUUAUCAGCCACUGGAUAUUCAUGGCUGCCGCAUUGUGCAGUCCAUGGGCGACGUUCCGGAUAACUGUAAUAAAUCUUUUAUUUCAAAAAUAUUUCAUGAUGACUUUUUUUCACUUGAUAAAUAAAUCAUUUUGAAAAUG